GGUCUGGUCCUCUUCAUUCAUUCUCCUGGCGGCAUCGAUAAGAGCCGCUCGCGGAGCCUUUGCGCAAGAGGUUUUGCAACCGGGGCCGCUCGGUGCGAUGCUGCCGGGCGCGCUGCGGGGUCUGGGGGCCGCCACCAUCUGCCUGCAGCUCCUGCUGCUCCUGGGGGGCGCGGAGCCGCGGCCCCACGGGUGGGAUGAGGAGAGGCUGCAGGUGGAAAGCAUCAAAAGGAGCAUCCUGGAGCGGCUGGGGAUGCCUGCGCCCCCCGUCCCGCGGCGCAGGCUGGACCAGGAGAGCAUCAGGAGGGCGCAGCAGCAGUACGAGCAGAAGGUGGCCGAGCUGAUGGGGAACCGCAGCCGGGAGGAGGUGGCGGUGGCGGUGGCCGGGACCAGGAGGCUGCACAGCCUGAUAGCCAGCCUGCGACACCGGACAGAGCCCUCCCGAGGAGAGCAGGACCCCCACGGGGACCAGGACCCCCAUGGGGACCAGGACCCGCGGGGUCCCUACCGCUACCACCUCGUCGUGUCCCGCACGGAGGAUUUCCACCGGCGCCUGCGGGUGGUGCAAGCAGAGCUGAAGCUCUUCAAGCAAUCCCUGGCCUCGGGGCAGCCCCAGGUCAGCAUUUACACACCGGGGGGACCCGGGGGAGCCCCCCAGCUCCUGCAAACCCAAGAGCUCGACCCCGACACUCCAAGCGUGGACCUGACGGUGCCCGUCCGGCGCUGGGCUGCCGGUGCCGAGGCCAAGCUGCAGCUGGAGCUGGCCUUCACCACCAACAUCUCAGCCUCACCGGUGGGCUCAGGAGCCGAAACGGCGGUGCUGGAGGUGGAAACCCUCGAGGCCACGAGGCCGAGGGCCCGGAGAGCCCGCGGGCUGGACGAGGAGUGCAGGAAGAGCGAGGGCAAGUGCUGCCUCAAGUCGCUCAAGGUGUCCUUCCAGGACAUCGGCUGGUCGGACUGGGUGAUCGCCCCCAACAGCUACUACAUGAGGUUCUGCGAAGGUUCCUGCCCCCAUAACUACAAGCCGGCCAGCAUGCACGCCCAGAUCAAAGCCCGCAUGCACUCCCUCUCCAAAGCCACCCCGGCGCCCUGCUGCGUGCCCGCCGCCUACGACCCCAUGGUGCUGAUGCACUACGACGGCGAGGGCAGGCUGGUCUCCACCGUCUUCGAGGACAUGCUGGUCACCAAGUGCCACUGCGCCUGAAGUCCCCUCGCCUUCUGGCACAGGAUGGGGACUCAUCCCCCCCUGGGUGGUGGCAGAGCCCCCCCAGCACCAGCGCUCCAAAAAGCAGAGCCAGGGGACGAAAUGUGCACGGAACGGCUCAGCCCCGUCCCGAGGACACGAUCCCUUCUCCAGUCUCCAGCUGAGAUCACUUCCACUCCACAGGCCACCGUAACUUAUUCACCCUCUCCUCCCUUAUUUAAAGCGUUUUUUAUUUGGUAGCCGGGCUCUUCCCACCGGAGGCAGGACGGGCACGGCAGCGGGGCUGUCCCCAGGUGGCCGCGGUGCGCCCCGGUGCCCGCUCCCCUCUGGUUCCAGAUUUAUUUAUACGCCUCUUAUUUAUUGCUAACUUAUUGUAUCACGCGGAGAGAGACGUUCUUGGGAGUUUUCGUUGUUUUUUUUUUUUUUCUUUUGUAUUUUGUAUAUUUCCAUAAAAAAAAUAGCAAUGGAAACCAAUAAAGUGAUGGGAACCAG